AUGGCCGCGCCCGCGCGUGACCGCGCCCCUUCUCCUGCCACCCGCGCGCCGUCGCCGCUCGGGCUUGACCCCGCCCGCGGCGCUCGUCGCCGGGUCCGCCAGACCACACGCCCCGUCCGCCCGCUGCGGCCCCUUGCCCAGCGCUCCUCCCCGCGGGCGCCUCUCCACCGACCACGGCCAGCGCGCCCCGCUCCGGCCAUGGACUCGCCGUGGCCACCGCCCCCCUGUCCAGCGUGCACACGCCACGGUCGCCGCGCCCCGCGCGCACGCUCGGCCGCGCUCACCGCCGCGCCCGCACCUCCCGCCGUGCUCACCCCCCUGCCUUGGCCUCGCCCUGCACCCCUGGGCCGCGCACACCUCCCCUCGCCUCCGCCGCUCGCCCCCGCGCACGUCGGCGCGUCGCUGCCGCCCGGCCCGCGCACUAGCCGCACCGCGGCCGGCCUCUGCCGUGGCCGGCGUCGCCGCCCCCUGGUGGCCUCGGGCGCACACGGGCGCCCACGCCCGCACCAGUUUCUCCCGCUCCGCUAA